AUUGAUUAAAAAAACCCCCACCUUCCUUAACGAAAUUUGUUAUGGCAGUCUUAAAAUGCACUUACGAUCCAUCCACGACCCUUAGAUCAGAAUUUUAGUGAUUUAGACCGAUUUCCCGGGUCCGUGACAAUGGUGUCCCCGUCCAUUUUCCACCCUUCUCUGCUUCUCACUUCGAACAAGAUUUAGUAUAAAACGAUGAAGGAUCUUCCUCACGAAAAUCUACCUCCCAUACUUCCUAUUCAUCGUAUGACUGAAGGCAUGGCAUACUCUUCCGCCCCUAACGCUUACAUUCCCCCAGCACCUUAUUAUCCUCCUUCUGCUCAUACUCCUGGGCAUGCUCAUAUUAUACCGCCCCAGCAACGCCAAGAGCCACAACAAAGGAAGCGUCCCAAGUAUACAAGAAGCAAGACUGGCUGUAUGACAUGUCGAGUCAAAAAAAUCAAGUGUGACGAGGCGAAACCUAAUUGCAUGCGAUGUACUCAUGGGCAGCGAGACUGCACAUGGCCAGAAGGUGUUCCCACCCGCAAGAAAUCAACAUCUCGGAAAGAUAGUGUCGACGGGCGCCCAUCCACUGCCGACUCAUCGGGACUGUCAGAGACUUCAACACCUCCUACUCGGGACAGUACACCUGCGAAAGCUCGCGUAUCUAGCGAUUACAACCAACCUCCGAUGUCACGUCGGCAUAGUGAUCUUUUUGCUCCCGUACCUCAAGUGAAAUACGAGGAAGACCCUCAUCUCAGGCUCGGGCCAGAACCCGAUGCUGCGCGACGUCAGCUGGCUCCGCAAGGUUACCCCGUGCAUCCAAAUCAGAAUUCCAAUGUUUUAUCAAUGAUAUCCGAGAUGCAGCCAUACCCUCCUCAUCGAUACGACUCUGCGUACGCUACCCCAGCCACUCAAUUACAUUCAGCAACUUCCUCACGACACAUUCCCCCUCAUCACUCUCAGCACCAUGUUAAUAUGCGACCUAUGAACCACCAACCACCCCCUCAGCAUUGGAGCCAGCCUAUGAUGCCAGGUGUAAACCCCAUGGAUCCUUUUUUCCCACACCCCCAGGAGAGGCAUUUGGUGGCACAUUCAUCUAAUGAUCAUCACCCUAGAUACCCAUAAGAUUCAUGUUUCCCUUUGAUUUUUCUUAAAGAUCCGUCAUGACAUUGAUAUUUGAGCAUCAUUUUGGACAUCCCCUCUAAGAAUCUAGUUGUCGCUUCUAAUUUCUGCUUGGUCUGGAUCGGCCUCCAGGAUCUGAUCCUGCGACUGAUGCGCUGUUCGGUGUUCUUGGUGUGAUGCGACGAGGAGUCGAAGACUUGCCUAAAUUAGCGCACUCAUUUCCAUGAAUUCGAAGCUGGCACAGACUUGCAUAACCCCGCAAGCUUUCAAAUUUCAAGGUGUAGAGGCCAGAACUUCAUUGGCAGCUUCCUCGCCGUGUCGUUGAUAGACGGAUGAUGCCCCGUUAAAUCGCUAAAUCGUUCGAU